AAAAGCAAGAAGGUGGAGCUGAGGGAAAAGAAUAAAAGGGAGUAGAAUAUGGAUGCGCACGCUAAGCAAAAGGAAUGAUGGAAAAGUAUUAAAAUGCGCCCGGUGCGCACUAACCCAACUCAAGCACCAUAGGAAAGGAGUCAAAAAUCGAACUGACUACUUCUCUGCACUCACAGCUCACUCCGCCACUCCGUCAAAGCCACCAGCAAAUGAGCAAAAGCCAUCAUCAUUGCCUUCAUCAACACCAACUAAUUGUCACUCUCUCCGUCUCUGUACAUGAUCUCUUCUUUUCUUCCUCCCUUUCUAACGCGUUUUCCUUCUUGAUUACUGAGGAGAUAUUUAUUGGCUGUGUAUGGUGCUGAGGUUUUUCAGAUGAAUGGUGUGGGUUGGGAUGGCGGUUGUUUUUUGAGUUAGUGAAGAAGUGGGGUUUUCUUCUUUUGUGUGUUUUUGUUUGCUGAUUGUGUAGGGUUUAAUGGGUAAUUGGAAUUGUUGGUGUGUGUGGGAACCAUCAACACACAGAGUCUCCUCCAGUGCAAAGUCAGAAAAAAUACGAAAGGAUGACACCAAAUUCCCAUCAAAUCCUGAAGAAGUGGAAGACCUACGCCGCAGUAUGGCUGCUAAUCCACUUACUGUAUUCGCAUUUGACCAGCUGAAGGCCAUUACCGAAAACUUCAGACAAGAUUACAUGUUGGGUGGAGGAGGAUUUGGAAGUGUGUACAAAGGCUUCAUGCCAGGAGUCUCGGGAGAACAAGUUCAGCAGCCAAUCCCUGUUGCAGUUAAGGUUCAUGAUGGAGAUAAUAGCUAUCAAGGGCACAGGGAAUGGCUGGCCGAAGUAAUCUUUCUGGGGCAGCUUUCGCAUCCAAAUCUGGUGAAAUUGAUCGGAUAUUGCUGCGAAGCUGAACACAGAGUUCUAAUAUACGAGUACAUGCCUCGCGGCAGCGUUGAAAACAAUCUGUUUUCUAAAGUGUCAGAUCCUCUUCCUUGGUCUACUAGAAUGAAGAUAGCAUAUGGUGCGGCAAAGGGCUUAGCAUUCCUGCACGGCGCCGAGAAACCUGUCAUUUACCGUGAUUUUAAGACAUCCAACAUUUUACUAGACCAGGAAUACAAUGCAAAACUAUCUGAUUUCGGCCUAGCUAAAGAUGGGCCGGAAGGCGACAAAUCAUACGUUUCCACUCGCAUUAUGGGAACAUACGGUUAUGCUGCACCCGAGUAUAUAAUGACAGGCCACUUAACUCCAAGGAGCGACGUGUACAGCUUCGGAGUAGUUCUUCUCGAGCUUGUUACGGGCAGAAAGUCUCUGGACAAAAGCAGACCAGCCAGAGAACAGAACCUUAUGGAUUGGGCACUCCCUCUGCUGAAAGAAAAAGGGAAGCUGCUAAGCAUUGUUGAUCCGAAGCUGGAAGGCGCAUACCCGACAAAGGGCGUGCACAAAGCAGCUAUGCUAGCUUAUCAUUGUCUCAAUGACAACCCAAAAGCGAGGCCUCUAAUGCGAGACAUUGUCGAUUCUUUGGAACCUCUCCAGACCCCUCUUGUUGAUGAUGCUCCUGCUUAGAUCAUCUUGGUUCUGACAAAAAAACUACUCUACUGAUUAGGAAUUUGAUUUUACAGAGUGAUGAUCAAACUUGUGUUCAUAUUCUUUGUGGUUGCAAGUGUAUAAUUGUGUGUGGCUUUUGAUGAUUAGGAGAGUUGCUUUGUGGCUCAUGUUUCUGUUCACCACUGUAAAAGAACAUUUGUGUGUUUUCUUGAUUGAUGGUUGUUUGGAGGUGCUUCCAUAGAAAUAUCAGCAUGGUUUCAGCC